AUGCUCGUGAGGAAGGCCCUACUACUGCUGGCAACAGCUUGCUCAACUCUUUCCGCUCCGAUCCUAGACAAGCGACAAGGUGGCCCAACUCGUGGUGUAAGUUUGGGUGGCUGGCUUGUUCUCGAACCAUGGAUAACACCUUCCAUAUUUCAAGCCUAUGGCCCUGUUGGCUCGAUCGUCGACGAAUACACACUCUGUCAAAACGACCCAAAUGCAGGCAGUGUGUUGCAAGCACAUUGGUCGAGCUGGGUGACGUUGGGUGACUUUCAGAAGAUUGCUAGUUCUGGCAAAGGUAUCAAUACUGUGCGCAUACCGAUUGGUUAUUGGGCAUUUCAGAAAUAUGGCAACGAUCCGUAUGUGCAAGGUGCUAAGGAAUAUCUGGCUCGAGCCCUUGACUGGGCCUCACAGACUGGACUGAAGGUCUGGAUCGACCUCCAUGGUGCUCCUCUAUCUCAGAACGGCUUCGACAACUCUGGCCAGAGAACGAGCUCUCCUCAAUGGACUAGCGGUGAUACGAUUGGUUUUACAGCAGGAGUACUUGGUCAGAUCGCACAGGAAUUUGGUAAUCACCCUGCUGUAUCGGGCGUUCAGCUCCUCAACGAACCAUUGACAGGAAGCUUGCCAGGCGGUAGAGCUGCUCUGGAAAACUAUUACAACCAAGCUUAUGGCGCUGUACGUUCCUCGACCGGCGUACCAGUAGUGAUUUCAGACGGAUUUGCAGCACCUUCCAGCUGGAACGGUAUCAUUCCAGACUCCAUCAUUGAUCAUCACGAGUACCAAGUCUUCAGCAAUGGAGAUGUUGCUAUGACUGCUCAGCAACAUGUAGACCAAGCAUAUGCUCGAGCUGCGAGCUGGGGACAGUCGGAUCGAACUUUGAUUUGUGGUGAAUGGACGGCUGCCAUGACAGAUUGCGCUGCCGCUUUGAAUGGUUACGGUAUUGGAGCACGAUACGACGGCACCUACUCGAAACCUGGAGAGACCUCCUACUAUGUCGGGUCCUGCGCAACCAAGAACUUCAUCGAUCAAUGGGAUCAGGGCAUGAAAGAUACUACAAGAAAUUACAUCCAAGCUCAAAUCAAUGCAUUCGAACAACAUUCCCAAGGUUGGAUAUUCUGGAACUUCAAGACUGAAGCAUCGGCCGAAUGGGAUUUCUUCCGCCUCCUCGACAAUGGAGUCUGGCCAUGA